AUGUCGACCUAUAUUCCCACCGUCUCAGACGUUCCGACAUGUGCUCAAGGCUGCGUUGGCGAUUUGGGAGGCUGUGCUAUGGGCGAUGUUCGCUGUAUUUGCAGCAACUCGUCGUAUAUGACGGGAGUGGCAGCCUGCGUCAGUCGGAGUUGUCCAUUCGGGCAAUGUCAACGUGAGUGA